UUCAUUAUACUUUAAAUGGCCAAUGUUAUAGACCUAAACGUCUAUGUUAAGAAGGUACUUCAUUAUACAUUAAACGACCAAUGUUAUAAACAUCAAACGUCUGUGUUAGAGGGUACUUCAUUAUACUUUUAAUGGCCAGUGCUAUAGACAUUCAACAGAACGUCUGUGUGAAGAGGGUCUGCAACACACGCCAUAAAUCCAUAAGUCUGCAUCAGUCAGAUUCCUGGUCACAUUAAGCUGCCGUGACAAUGACAAAAUGACUCUCUAUCACUCUACAGCUCCAUCAGGGUCCGCAAGUUGUUCAUCUUCUGCUGUAAUCACAUUUAGGACAGCAGUCUGCUCUGAGAACGAACACUGUCAUAACAGGCCGUCAAGUUCAGGUACAUCGCAGGUGUCAUUAUUGUCUUCUCCACUGAUGGACAAGGCAUGGAUUACCAGGCUAGAAGACAUGCCACAAGAUCAAGAUCCGUCAUCUGGAGACAAGAUAACUGAUACAUCAGAAAACAUAGUACAUGAAAUAAAAGUGUCACAGGCUUGUUGCUUGAAUGACGUUACUGUGGAAACAUUAUCAGAUGAAAACAAUGUGGCACAAGUGUUGGUGUCUGUAAUUUCACUGGAACAGUUAUCAGACACAGAUGAGAUGCCUGGGGCAUCUUUCAUCAGGGAGGAUGAUUUUUCCUUGGAACUGUUAUCAGUGUUGAAUGGAGAGGAGGGGGAGGAAGAAAGAUUAGACAGAAUUGGACAAUCAAAUGUUUUCACUGAAGGGCAAGUUUCAGUGGUUGUGUCUGAAAAGAAGGUACUCACAGAUUCCUCCUUAACAUCUGCGAGUGAUGAGCAUCCCUCUGGACAGUUAUGUCUGUUAGAUGGCAGUGAUAAGCUCAAGGGAGGAGACAAAGUAUUAGAUGGAGUUGGUGGUGAAGACUUCGUUGGCACUGAAAAUAAGAUUUCACUAACAGAGUCAGAGAAAGAGAUUCUUCAGAAAUCCUCAGCUGCAGAUGAGGUGUUUUUGUUGGAAAAGACCAUAGACAGAACUAACAUGCCAGAAGUCCUUUUUUCAAGAGAUGUAGGGUUACCAUUGGGACAUUUAGUAAACUGUAUUGCAAAUGAGGAGGAAGAGGAGGAAAUAUUUGAUUCAAUUGAAGUAAAGUCUAACUGUGCUGAAGAACAAGCUUCCAUCAGUUCAUCUGAUGAACAGUUACCACCAAUGUUGUUGACUCUGUGUAAACAGUUUCUGUUUCAACAACUAUCAGAUAAAUCUAAGAUGCAAGGAGCUCCUGCUGUAAAUGAGUUUCUGCUGAAUGGAGAUGAUGGUUAUUGGGGAGAGAAUAAAAUAUUAAAUGGAGAUUUAGAAAAAUCUGUUUGCUAUGAGAGAGAGGUGACAUUUCUGCUGUGCGAAAAAAAUAUGCAGCAACGUGAGUCCUCUAAGGGGGAACAAUUAACAGUCAAAACUGGAACUCCUGAGGUCACUUCUUCAACAGUUCAAGUAUCCCCAGUGAUAAUAGAGACAUUAGGGACUGGAGUUUGUAAUGAUAGCAGAGAGAGUGAGGUAUCUGGUGGUAGUAGUAGUGCAGAGUAUGAUGACAGCAACAUAAAGAUCUCACUGAAACAAUCAGGAAUAGAGAUGGAGAACGAGAUCUUACUGAAACAAUCAGGAAUAGAGACAGAGAGCGAGAUAUCUGAUGAGCAAUCAGGAAUAGAGACACAGCAAGAAACUUCAGCAGUGGAUGACAAGUUUCCUUGGGAUCUUUUAACUUUAUUGAUUGAGGAGGAGGAGGAAGAUGACAAAGAAGAGAGAAUGAUAUUGAAUGAGGACGAAGAUGAUGAUGACAAGGAAGAGAGGAUAACAUUAAAUGGUAUUGAAGAACACGUUUCAGAUGCUGGGUCUGAAAACACAAUGCUACCAGACUCUCCGCGAGGACUUAACCUGGCAUUGAAAAGAUUGGCGCAAAAAAUCAAAACAUGGCAAGAUGGUUCCACAGAGGAAUCUUUAACAAAGAAAACUAAACUGUCACAGGCUGCUUCAUUGAGGGAUGGAUGUGGAUAUUUACUGGAGCAGCAUACGUCACAGAAUGGAGGAGAAAAUGGCAGUGAGAGGGACUCGGGACAGUCUGAUAACAUUUUAGAUAGACGGGAAGUAAUUUGUAAUGGAGAGCAGGAUUGGGUGAUGUUGUCAGAGAAAUUUGAGAAUGGAGGUAUAGCUGACUGCAGUGUCAUUGAUGAGGACUCCGGUAUCCAUAUAGACCCAGUUUUGUUUGAGAUUGAGUAUAUCUUGAUGAAGCUGAACAGUAAUGACAAAGACCCGAAGACGGAAGCAGCCAUGACAUCUGUAGCCACAGACGAGAAGCAGGAUAUGAGUAAAAAUGGCGACCCCUCCCCGCAGCCUUCCCACAAUGCACGGCCUGGCUCCGGCCUGCGGAAACAGCUACCACCAGUUCCAGACUCUGAAACUCAGCUGAAUUUAGCUUCCAAGAUGAUUGACAAGAAGACGUCCACACCCAAAGGGAACCAUAGCUAUGGGCCUUUCUUCUUAGAGUAUUCCUUGUUAGCAGAAUAGU